AUCUUCGGGCGAGAUGCGGGGUACACACACGAGGAAUUUGUCUCCGGUAGUUGGACAUUGAGAAAAAACAGUCACUGAGCAAUAAAGGCUCAGCUAGCAGCUACCAGGACACCACCAAAGAGGAGAGCGGAUAAGAACUGAGAGGACAACAAACACAGAAGCCAGCUGAGCAGUUGAUGUUCGAGGCAGGUAUCCUGAGUCUGGCCGUGGCCAUGGAGAUGUUGGGUAAGUUUGGCGCCACGGCCGGAACGUCGCUGCUGUUCGCCUUCACGGCCGAGCUGUAUCCGACGGGCCUGAGGAACACAGCGUCCGGGAUCUGCGUCAUGGUUUCACGAACAGGAAGCUGCGUUGCGCCCGUUCUCAUACAGCUGAAGAUCUACUUCGAGUAUCUGCCCUAUAUCACCUUGGGCACUCUGGCCAUGCUGUCCGUCCUGGCUGCACUCUUCCUGCCGGAGAGUUUUGGGAAAACGCUUCCCGAAACCCUUCAACAGAUGCAAAAGAUGCAAAGUGUGCACGAUUUUUCAAUGUAA